AUGGUCGUACUAGUGAGUAUUGCACGAGUAGCAGCAACAAACCUUGAAGAUGAAGAUGAGGGUGGUGUUGCCGCAAUAAUAGGAGCUGUUAUUGAUAACAGUUCUCGAAUAGGGAAAGAGAAGACUGUGGCUAUAAAGAUGGCAUUGGAGGAUUUCUAUCAUUCUCAGAAUAACACUAACCAAAGCUUUGUUCUGCACCUGAUGAACUCUCAUGGAGAUCCUCCUCAAGCUGCUCUGGCAGCUAGAGAUCUGAUUGAUAAACAGAAAGUGCAAGCCAUCAUAGGACCACAAACAUGGGAAGAGACAUCCGUAGUGGCCAAUGUUUGCAGUGAAAAUAGCAUACCAGUUCUGUCUCUUGCUGAUGCAACGCCAAACUGGGCAACAGACAAGUGGCACUUCCUUGUUCAAGCCUCACAAAGUCAGUUCCUUCAAAUGAAAGCUGUGUCUGCCAUAGUUCAGUCCUGGGAAUGGUACCAAGUUAACAUUAUAUAUGAAGACACAGAGUCUCUCUCCACAGGUAUCUUAGCUCACCUCUCUCAAGCCCUCGCCGAAGCCGGCGUUGGAAUAAGCAAUCUUCUAGCCAUCCCUCCUUUUGCUUCCUCCUCCUUGUCCCAUGACCUCAUGAAGCUCAAAGAAGGACAGUGUAGGGUCUUUGUGGUCCACUUGUCCUUCCCUUUGGCCCUUCAUUUGUUUGAAACUGCAAAGAAACUGAACAUGAUGGAGAAAGACUAUGUGUGGAUCACUACUGAUCCCUUCACAGGCCUUGUCCAUUCCCUGAAUGCUUCCACUCUCUCCUCAAUGAAAGGAAUCGUUGGAGUUAAGAGCUAUUUUUCACAGCUAGGGCAUCAAUAUGAGGACUUCUAUGUCAAGUUUCGCCGGAGAUAUAGCUCAGAGAACCCUAAUGAGUUUGACAAUGAGCCAGGAAUUUUUGCAGCUCAGGCUUAUGACGCUGCAUGGACUCUUGCCCUAGCAAUGAAUAAGACCAACAAGAAAGGAGGCCAAGUCCUGCUAGAUAAGAUUUUGCUCAGUAAUUUUUCUGGUUUAAGUGGGAAAAUUCAGUUCACUAAUUAUAGAUUAGACCCUGCAAAAACAUUUAAGAUUAUCAAUGUGAUGGGGCAAACUUAUGGGGAACUAGGGUUCUGGUCAGAUGGACAAGGCUUCUCAAGAACUAUUGGUCCGGAUGCUACAUAUAGUUCAUCAAUGAAGGUUCUGGGACCAGUGUUUUGGCCAGGAGGACCUUGGGAUUCACCAAGAGGUUGGACCCUACCAACAAUUGAUAAACCUUUGAGAAUUGGGGUUCCUCUUGAGUCAACAUUAAAGCAAUUUGUAAACAUAAUCCAAGAUGAAUGUGAUAAUACCACUUCAUUUCAAGGCUUUGCUGUACAACUUUUCAAAGAAACUGCAGAACUUUUGCCAUACCAUCUUCCAUACAAAUUCUAUACUUUCAAUGGCACUUAUGAUGAUUUGGUGAAGCAAAUUUAUUACAAGAAUUUUGAUGCAGUUGUUGGAGAUGUAACAAUUGUUUCAUAUCGGUAUGAGUAUGCAGAAUUCACUCAGCCUUAUACAGAUCCAGGAGUGGUAAUGAUAGUGCCUGUCAGAGUAAAAGGAGGACAAAGAGGUUGGUUAUUCUUGAAGCCUUUUACAAGGACCAUGUGGGUUCUUAUAGGCUUGAUGAUCAUCUACAAUGGAUUUGUACUAUGGAUGCUCGAAAGAAACCAUUUUCCAGACCUUAAGGGCUCUAUGCUGAAUCAAACUGGCACCAUGUGUUGGUUGUCAUUCAUCACUUUCCUUUCCUUACAUGGGGACAGGUUACAUAGCAAUUUGUCAAGGAUGACAAUGGUGGUGUGGUUGUUUGCGGGACUGAUCAUAACACAGACAUACACAGCGAACCUGGCAAGCAUGUUGACUGUAGAGAAGCUUGAGCCUACAACAGAUGAUGUUGAUCAGCUAAGAAAGGGAAAUGCCAUUGUGGGGUGUGAUAGAGGGUCCUUCUUGAAGAAUUAUCUUUAUGAAGUUCUGCACUUUCAACCCACAAACAUCAGGCAAAUCAGUUCUGAAGAAGAAUAUGCUGAAGCUCUUAGGAAUAAAGAAAUUGCAGCAGCGUUUCUUGAGGUUCCUGUGGCCAAAAUCUUCCUUGCAAAGUACUGUAAAGAGUUCAUUCAGGCUGGUCCUAUGUACAAGAUUGGAGGGUUUGCUUUCGCAUUUCCAAGGGAAUCGCCACUGACUGCUACUGUAAACAAAGCCCUAAUAAAAGCAUUUGAGAACGGGAAGGUACUUGACCUGGAAAACAAAAUGUUAGUAUCAGAGCAAUGUGAAAACACGAACACAGAUGAAGAUGACACUGCAAGUCUUGGUCCCAACAGCUUCUGGGCACUCUUCACCCUCACAGGAACCACCUCAACCAUUGCCCUCUUGGUCUAUGUUUUCCGUAAGAAUCAUUCCAAUUUGCUCUGAAAACUUUGUGGAGAUUAAUGAUUAAAGUUGUUCAGUUCUGGGAAUUUCCUCGGAGAGUGUUUUUGAGAAGAGUCAGUGAUGUGGCACUUGCUGAGAGUUCACCUACCAGCCCUCCAGAUGAUAUACCUGCAUUUGCAACUAGGGUUUAGCAAUAUCCUAGGUUUAUGGUCGGAUCCUCUACAUUAUUCAUAUAUUGUGGAUAUCAAGGUAAAUAUAUCCUCUUAUAUCGCU